AUGAAGUUUGUAAUUUCCUUGGCGCUUUUGGUUUUUAACCAGAUCCAUCUUAUUGCAGCGUGGGAGACGGAUAGUCGUCAUGCUGGGUCUAAAUACGGUUCAGUGGCUGCGCCAAACAGCAGGAAUAUGAUGUCACGAACGAGGAAGGGUUUCAGAGUUGUUACGGACAUCAGAGAAAUGGAUGGAUGGCACCCAGAGUUGCUGAGCCAGAGAGAUAUGGCUUUUAAGAAUGCUUUUGAUGAUGUUCUUGGAAGGUUCACGUCAAAUGUCAUUAGGACUCCAUAUGUUAGGAAGGCCCCCGCUGUUGCAAAGCCCCCUGUGGAAUGCACUCCGGAUGAUGUGACGGUUUCGGACGAUACGACAGCUUCAGGUGUUAUAUCGACUCCGGAUGAUGUGACGGUUUCGGACGAUACGACAGCUUCAGGUGUUAUAUCGACUCCGGAUGAUGUAACGAUUUCGGACGAUACGACAGUUACGAUUGAUGUGCCAACCCCGGAUAUUAUAGAAACUCCAGAUGAUUUGACGAUUUCUGAUGAUUUGACGAUUUCUGAUGAUUUGACGAUUUCUGAUGAUUUGACGACUUCUGAUGAUUUGACGACUUCUGAUGAUACAACAUGUCCGAAUGCUAUCGCAAUUCCGUAUCCCGAAUAUGGAGACCGUAUGAAUCCGGAUUAUGAAACUGUUUCACGUCCCGCAACCAAUGACGAUGUCCAAAAAACUUUGGACUAUUUGAAAGGAAGAAUAGCUGAAGGUGCCAAGAGAUCUGUGAAGCCUAAGCCCGAAUAUACGGAAACCGAACAGGAAAGCGAAGGCUCCGACGGCUUCUUCUCAAGUCUCUUCUGCUGUGGUUCCGGUAAGAAGAAUGCGAAGCAGCCUAAGCCAGUAGUGAUUGGUCUUGAAGGAGAACCAGUUCGUGGUGUUGAUGGCGAGCCGAUUGAUCUCCCUGACAAUGAGGAAUUGUUGGAUGGCAACGACGAUUAUGAUUUUGAUGACAUCGAGGAUGGUGAUUUUGACAUCGACGAAUCACAGUUCUUCGAUGGAACUCCACGUACCGAUGGCAGCAACAAAAUUGAUGACGAUGCUGACAGUGGAGCUGUUGAAGGUGAAACGAUUGGUGAUGUUGCCGAUGAUCAGGGUUACACCGACUUUGAUGGUGAAGAGUUGGAAGAUGCUGAUGGUGUAGAAGUGUUAGAUGCCAGCGAGAAAAUUGCUGUAGAUGCUGACAUGGAAACCAUUGAUGGUAUUGACGGUGAAACUGUUGGGGAUGUGGUUGACACGGAAGUUAUUGAUGGUGAGGAAUCUGUAUCCAACGAAUUGUCCGCUGCAGAUGAGGAAAUUGGGCAGGUCGACGGCGAAACUGGAGAUGCCGAUUUGACGGAGGCUGCAGAUGCUGAGAAGGAUUACAGCUCCGAUCACGGGGAAGCAUCCACUUCCGACGUUGACGGCUCACGGGCUUCAGAUGUUGACAGUGGGGCAGUUGAUGGUAAUGGCUUGGAAGUAACCGAAGGUGAUGAGAACGAUACCUUUGACCUCGGUGAAUCGUUGCCUUCCCUUGCCGACGAAGAUCAAAUGAAACCCACUGUUUCAACAAGCUGUGCUACUGAAGCAAAACCCACCAAAAAACAAGGCGGUUUCGGUCAAUUUUUCGCAAAUCUCUUCUGUUGUGGUUCCAGUAAGACACAUGCGAAUGAUGAAGAACAAAUCACUGCUUCUGUAAGCAAGACCGUAGAGAGUAGUCUACGUGGAAUUGAGGAAGAUGAUGCCCCAGAAAACGCUGUAAGUGAGGCUGACCAAAGCACUGUAAGUGAAGCAGAGGAAAGCGCUGUAAGUGAGGUAGACGACAGCGCUGUAAGUGAGGCUGACCAAAGCGCUGUAAGUGAGGCUGAGGAAAGCGCUAUUAGUGAGGGUGGCGAUGAUGACGAGGAGAACGAAGACAAGGAGGAGGAAGAGGCGGAGUAG